ACUUAACCUAUUGCAACUAUUUACAAAUAUCAAUUGUGAUACUAACUUGAUAUCUGAAUACAAUGGAUGAUUCAUUGGAAGAUAUAGCAGCGGAAUUUGAAAAGGAAUUUACUGCUAAUAUAGUAGAAGAUAAAUCAAUAAUACCAGAAACAAAAGAGGAACCACAGAAACCUGGUCCUUCUAGAGUGUCAAGAAAAACCCACUGUUUAUCAGUUAACCCAAAGCAAAAGGGUAAUCCUAUAUUGAAAUUUAUUACAAAUGUACCAUGGGAGUAUGAUGAAAUUGUACCUGAUUACCAGAUGGGACAAACUACUUGUGCAUUGUUUCUAUCACUGAGAUAUCACAACCUGAAUCCAGAUUACAUACAUGAAAGAUUGAAAUUGCUAAAGAAAAUGUACCAGUUGAGAGUACUUUUAGUUCAAGUAGACAUUAAUGAUCCUCAUCACUGUUUAAAGAAUCUGACCAGAAUAUGCAUUUUGGCAGAUAUGACUUUAAUAUUGGCUUGGAGCCCAGAGGAAGCUGGUAAAAUCUUGGAAACCUAUAAGAUUUAUGAAACAAAACCAGCAGAUAAGAUUAUGGAGAAAAGUGAAUCAUCUCCUCAUCUCAAAUUAGUUCAAGCUUUAACGUCAAUCAAACCGGUGAACAAAACGGAUGCCAUUACAUUGAUUUCCAAAUUCAAAACGUUAAAAGGAAUUCUGCAAGCUUCGGAGUAUCAACUAUCGGAAUGCCCAGGAUUUGGUUCAAGGAAAGCCAAAAAGUUGUACCAAACACUACAUGAAAACUUUUGUAGAUAAUGUUAUUUUUGUAUUAAUUAUAUUAUUUAUUAUAUAUCAUGAAAG